AAUAAAAAAUUGAAGUGACAAAAUUAGCCCAAAAAUCAAAUAACAAUUUUGUGAUCAAUACGACGAAGCUUCGAACUAGAGGACAUUGAUCGUAGAUCACCAGAAAUCAAAAUCUAGCUUCAAAUCGAUUUGGGGUUUUCGAGUACUUUUCUGGGGUUUAGUUUGAUUGUAUUCUCUCUAUUCGAUCGAAAUCAGAGCGAAAGAGAGGAUUUUUAGUGCAGAAAAGAAAUGGGGUUCCUUGUUACAUCCCUAAUUUUCUUGGUGAUUGGAGUUAUUGCUUCUCUUUGUACCAGAAUUUGCUUCAAUCGUGGUCCUUCUACUAAUCUGUUCCACUUAACUUUGGUUAUUACAGCAACAGUUUGCUGCUGGAUGAUGUGGGCUAUUGUAUAUCUUGCGCAGAUGAAGCCCCUCAUUAACCCUAUACUGAAUGAAGCAGAGUAAAUUGGGGUUGUGGGCAAAAUUAGAAAGUGUGCUUCUCUAGAUACCAAAUGUUACCAUUUUGAGAUUUUCAGAGGAACUGAGAGCGAUGCCACGGCAGCGAUUUCUCAUGUGGAUUUGUAUGUAAUUCUAUUAUUGCAGAGAAUAAAAAUAUUCCUUCUUUUUUGGCUUUGAAUAUCACCUUGUAUUUUUAAGCAGCAAUCUACUUGUUUGAAUUGAUGAAUCUUCUUUGUGGAUGAAAUAAAAUCAGUUGGUGGAACACAACUAUAGGCACUAAAAAAAAUUUGUUGAUGUGCCACGUUAGGUAUUGUUUGGCUCA